CGAGGCGGGCGGCGCUUUCAUGUCAAGUCGAUUGAAGUUGGCGGCAAUGUGUUUUAAUUUAGCAGCACGCCGGCCAAUCAGGUGUCACCCCCGGCCCCGCCGGCCACGCCCCGCACCGUGGGGCCGCGCAGUCCAACCCUUUGCGUGUCGGUGGCGUCCGCUCGGGUUGUGCGCGUGCGGGAGAGACGUGCGGGCCAGAGGGAGCCGCAUUCUCUGCUGCCCCACCAUAGCGCUGCGAGGCCCGCCCGUUCUUUGUUUUCGCAGCGCGCGCGUGUCACUGGCCCGCAUCUGCCAGACAGACGUGUGGGAGGGGCGGGGCGGGGUGCGGCUGGCGGGGACGCGACGGGCCCGUCCUGUCGUUCCGCCGUCUGGCCGUCGUAUCGCUCGGGGAGGGCGUCGGGCCGUCGGGCCGCCGACGGCUGCGUCAAGCCGUCGUUCCCGCGGGCACGCACACUCCCAUAGUACCAGGGCCAGGUCUCGUGGACCGACACCCGCGGUGUGCUCGGGCCCCGGGUGCCAGGCGGUAGGGCAUUAUGCACUGACAGGUGUCGGGGGGAAGGGGGAGAGUUAUCUUCCUUCCGCCCUACCUGUCAAAGUUAACGCCAAUGGCUGAACUUCGUGAACAGUGAUCGGGCGCCGGGAUGGGCGUGACGUAGCGGUCGGUGCCGGGCCCGCGCCCCCGUCCCCGGACGACCCCGUUGGUGCGCGGUCGGAGGCGAUCGUCGGAGUCCCGAGCACAGACCCAUGUUCUCUUCGCUGCGGCUGGCGCGGAGUCGGAGCACCAGUAGCACGACUAGCUGCACGGGGGGCGGGGAGAAGGAGGCCACCGUCAACGGCGACGUCGACAGGCACGGCGACAGGCCCGGGCACAUCGAGCGCCACGUGUACCAGGUGACGCCGCAGGGCCCGCCGGGGCCGCAGCGGCCCAAGCAGACGCACGGCGCGCCGCUCAGCGGGGCGCCCAAGGGCCUGUCGUCCUGCCCCACGUCCCCGCUCCUCUCGGGCAAGCCCCCCAAGACACCCCGCAGCCUCGCGCGGAGGGGCUCCUCGAAAUGGGGCCUCGACAAGGCGCUGUGCCCGUCCAUAGGCAGCCUGCGCGACCGGGCCACCCUCGGCUCGCGAUGGGACGACGACAUCAUGGUGGACCCCCUGCGCGGCGGCGGCCGUGGCGGCCGGAGCUCGUCCGACGUGUGCACGUGCUCCAAGGUGACGCGCUUGGCCGUGACGAGGGAGGACGGCUGCCUCGGCAUCACGGUGCGGGGCGGCGCGCCCGCCGCGCUGGUCAUCUCCAGCGUGCACCCGGGCGGCCCCGCCGACAGGGAAGGCUCUAUCCGGCCCGGUGACCGCCUGCUCGCCGUCGACGGCACCAACCUGCAGCUGGCUGACCUGUCCACGGCGCACACCGCACUCCGCGGCCACAAGGCAAACCACCAGGGCCAUCACCAGGGCCACCACCCGGGGCACCGCGCGGGUGACUCGGCCGUCGCCGUGCUCACCAUCGAGUACUCGGUGUGCGUGGUCGGCGCGGUGGUGGGCGCGCAGGGGCCUCUGCUCGUCGAGCUCGCCCGCCCGCCGACCCACCAGCUGGGGCUCACCCUCCGCACCGACCGGACCGGCUCCAGGACGGCCGUCAUUGUGGACGACAUCAAGCCGGCCAGCGUGGCCGACAGGAGCGGGGCGUUGCACCGCGGCGACCAGAUCCUGGCCGUGGAUGAUGUCCGCGUGGAGGGGACGGACCUGGUGGCCGGUGACGUCGCGCUGCUGCUGGCCGGAGGCGGCGAGGGCGGCGCCGUGUUGCGCUUGGAGAUCCUGCCGGCACACUGUCUCCGCCCCGCGUCACACCAGCAGUUCGGCGGCGUCCACCAGCGGUCACCCUGCCCCUCCGAGUCGGAGCUCUCCGCCUACAAUGCGCUGCGCUCCCUCCGCAGCUACGACAACGGCUCACUAGCUAGCAGCGCGGGGGGCUCCGGCUCAGCGGGGCUGGUGAGCCACACCGAGAGCCUGUCGGUGGUGUUGCACCCCGAGCCUCUCUCCGGGUACGGCCUUGGCGUCCGUGCAUCGGGGGUGUCCAGGACUCCCACCGUGAGCGCGCUGCACCCGGACGGGCCAGCGGAGAGGUCGGGCUGCCUCCAGAUUGGAGAUCGCAUCCUGGCCGUCGACGACAGAGAGGUGGAUGCGGAACAGCUGGCGAUGCUGUUGGACAGCCCUGGGCCGCCCUUGGCGCUCACGGUCACGUUUUCAGUCGCAGAGUCAGUCGUCCCUGCCAGUGGGGUGUUCACGGUCAAGCUGGCCAAAUGCAGGCCUGGCCUCGGGAUCACCAUUACAGGCAACAAGUCCGGGGAGUAUCUCUACAUCUCCGACAUCAAGCGCGGAUCGGUGGCGCACCGCUCGGGCACGCUCGCCGUCGGGGACCGUCUGCUGGAGAUCGACGGCCUGAGUCUGAGCGGCCCGAGUGGACUCGGUCCAGGUGGCAGAGACCUAGGCAGGGCCUUGGACCACGCGGCCCGCAUUCUGCACAACAGUGGUGACGUGGUGACGCUCAAGGUCCUCAAGGACGAGGUGCCGUCAGAGUUGUCCAGCAACUGGAGCGGAUGGGGGUCUGCAGCUGGUGGCUGGGUGAGUGGCUGGCCACGCAGCAUCGAGUACCCCCUGGAGUGCCCCGGUCCUGUGAGCCCCGCCGAGUACUCCAUCGAGUACACCGUGGAGCUGGUCAGACACGGCGGCCCUCUCGGUCUCACCAUCGCGGGCUCCGAAGACCCCUCAGACUCAGUCACCAUCUCCGGCCUCACGCCAGGAGGUCUAGCUGAACAAACCGGGGCACUUCACGUUGGCGACCGUCUGCUCGCCAUCAACUGCGAGUCCCUGAGGGGUCGCCGUCUGUCCGAGGCCAUCGCGCUGUUCCAGCACUCGGCCGACGUGGUCACGCUGAAGAUCGCCCGCGGGCGCCCUGGGGCGCACCUGGCGCAGCGGGAUCGCAUCCCUGGCGACCACUGUCGUUUGGGCGGACUGGCCUCCUCUCCAUCGGCACCGCACCCCGCCAUCCCGUCGGUGGACAGCGCCGUCGAGUCGUGGGACUCCUCCCCCUCGCAGCGGAACACUUCUCCGACGGGCACGCCCUGUCCUGGAGGGCCUGGUGUGGGGGCCAGGGUCAGGCUCACCCCGCUCCCUGCAGGCCCGCUAGGGCCGGGACCCCCCGCGGGGCCCGGCGGCGGCCCCACGCCGGGCCAGCCCCUCUCGCGCAGGGCAGGGAGCUGCCCCAGCCUCGACUGUUUGCUUCAGACGGAAACGACCGGCAACAACGCUGAGUGGGACGGGUCCCUAGAAGACUUGGACUCGGCAGCAGCGACAGCGGCGGCCACCCAGUCGCGCACAGUGGCUGCUUCCUCGGCAGACAUGGGUGCGUUAGCUAUUGCUGACGACUGCGUAGCCAUGCCACCCUCCUCCCCGAUCUCGCCGCCUGCCAACUUUCGGCAAGGCCUCAUCCAGGGCCCAUGGGACGGCCACGGUCAGGGCCUGGGUCAUGCGCUGGAAGCGCCCCCGUGGCCGAGACCAGGGCUGCGGCCACCCCCUUCCCCCUCGCCCGGAGUAGGGCGCCUAACCGCCGCCAAGGCGCUAAACAACGACUGGCAGCAGCGACAGAGGCAACAGCAACAGCAGAGGGACGCUGCCGUGGACAACCUAGUCACUUCAACGAAGUUGUCUUCAUUCCAGUGGACCAACAAUAACGGAUCUCUGCAGCGACAACGGGAGACUGACUCAGCCUCGAACGACAGUUCUCUGCGCAAUCUGGACGACUUCUCAGAGCUUAAUAACAAUCUCCUGAGAGCACGAGAGCGGUCCGUGGGAGGCGGUGGUGCUCAGCUACAUCAGGCAGGAAGACAUUUCAUUUUCAAUGAGCAGCUCGACUUGGAAGUGAAUAGGGGCAGAGCCUCAUCCCUGUUACUUGAGGAAUCUGCGGCAGAGGCCUUGCGACCCAAAGACCUAGAUCAGAGCCUCCAAAACCCCAUGGAACUAUAUCAG